AUGGCGGUCCGCCGCUCCGCGCGCCUGCGCAGUGCUAGCGCCCAACCAUCUCCCGGUCCCGAGACCCAGGAGCUGGCUUCUCAACCCGACAUCAGAUACAGACUUGCAUCCGUCGAAGAACGCGACGAGACUCUGGGCAAUGACCAUCCAUCCGUCCGCACCCCGGUCACCAAGAAGGGUCUCCAAAGAACACCCAACGCGCACUCACAUCACAAAAUGACUGAUGCUAGAACACCAACUUCCUCGGCGGUUCGUCCAUCUCACGAGGAAAUGCAUCCUAGCAAGGUACAGCAAAGCACGACCAAACGGGUCGACUCCGGAUUGAUCCUGGGCUUCAAUCCCAUUCAACGGGACGCCAACGGCAACAUUCUCAAGAAUGCCGCCAUUCAAGACACCCCAUCCAAGUCGAAGGCCUCCCCAGCGCCCACCCACUUUGGCACUCCGGGCUACGAGUUCAAACGCGGCGAAGAGUCUCAGCUCAGCGACGAAGCCAAACAAUUGAUGGACAAUGUUCGCGGGGAAGUUGCACGAAUCAAAGCACAGAUGAUUCUUGACAAGUCCAAGCAGAACCAGCAAGAACGUGAAGGUGACAACAUGCACGGCGACCGAAAGAUUGCAAAGCCCAAGGGCAAGGCUAGCCGCUUCAGUGACGUGCACAUGGCCGAGUUCAAAAAGAUGGACUCGAUUGCGGGACAUCCUUCUUCGUUCCGGCCUGCGCCAGGUCGCUUCCAGCCCGUGACAAAGUCGUUGAAGCGCACCAAGUCCAAGGCACAGCUUGACGAACCUGAGCCUCAGAACUCCUCCCCUUCGCGAUCUCCCUUGAAGUCAUCGACAGAAACCGUGCCUACUACCACAACCCCUACGGCCAAGCGCGCCAAGCCCAAUCCAACAGCCAACACAUCAGUGGUUCGCUCUCAGGUUGAAAAAUUGGAUGCUACAACACAAAAACCUGCUAGCCAGCGCCCUCGGCCAAGAAUCACCGGCUCUCUCAUGACCCCGACCCGAGCUUCGAUGGCGCGUUCCGGCUCCGUCAGUAUCAAGGCUCCAAAGACAUCCUUGAUUCCUUCCCUGGCACGAUCUCCCUCCACCAAGGGUCUUGCUUCUCCCCGUACUCCGCGUACCGAAUUCAACCCACGAUUCAAGAGCAGUCUCCCCACACUGAGCCACCUCAAGUCCAUUCUUCGCAAACGCCAGCCCUUGUUCUCCCGUGAUCCCGCCAGGAUCGCCGCCGGGACGCAUGUGGCUGCUCCUGACUUUAAUCCUGACUCGCUCUUUGGUACUCGAAAUGAAAUGGCUGAUUCCGCACCAACUCCAUCGCCAAAGAAGCACGUCGAAUUUACUCCCAGUGUCAAGUCUCGUUAUGAGCUGGCUCAAGCUUCGCCUUCCCGGUCCAAGAUCCCGACCACUCCCUCUCGUUCUAACCUAUCCGAUAUCGUCUACCCUACUCUCCCUACCCUCACUCCGGACCACAAUGCUGCUUCCGCUGGCGUGACCGAGCCAGACUCGGUUGUGUCGCCCACAAUUCGACACGUGCGCAAGUCGAAUGUCGCUGAGGAGGGAUCUGUGUACCCUGAACUUCCCGUUGUAGCUCAUGGUAUCGCGCAUGGAAUCGGCAACAAGAAGAGACAUCGCGACGAAGUUGACGAUGAUGACUUGCCGGAUGCCGAGAAUGCCGAGAAUGUUCCCCCAGCUGAUUCGCUGGAGGAUGGACGCAGCACUAAGAGGCUGAAGAAGUCGGUUCCGCCGACCCCAAGCCCUGUCAAAUCCCGACCUAUCAAGACCCCGGUUCGCUCGUCCUCGAAUCGUAUGGGUACUCCUACCAAUGCGACUGCUAGUGCGAAGCAGAAGUCCCGCGGUGUCCUCAGUCUCAGCCGUCUGAACAUGCUGGCCAAGCCUAAGGGACAAGCCUGA